ACGCGCCGUUGGAUCUGCGUGCGUCUACGUGUCAUUUCAUUUCGCCGGUUAGCUCACUAUUUUCCGGCGAGCAGCCGAGCACUAGGGUUUAGGAUUAUCUAUCCUUCCUUCUUCCCGAGAUGUCAAGACGGCGAAAUAAAUCCCAGAUAUUCCGACCGCCGGAAUCAUCUUAAUUUAUUGUUGUCGUUUUCUUAGUUGAAUUUUCCGAUUGAACUGAAUCGGAAAAAUGCCGCAAAACGAAGGUGUUUUGUUCACUUUCUCUUCCAUCAAGAUCCCCGUCUUCUUCCCAAAACCUUCCUUCUCGUGGAACCUAGCUUCGCAGUUAGCUAGAAAAUGUAACUCUCUAACUCAGCUCAUUAACUCAUUGGUAACUCGGGCUAAUGGCAGAAAACAUCCAAGCAUUCACUCAACCGGAUUGAACUCCCGACUGCUUUGCUCUGCUUCCCUGUCAUUGAACCUUCAGACCAGGUUGCCUCAGCCAGAAUCACAAACUUCUACGAGUCAGGCUGGCUACGCUGAGUCGACGCAGUCGGGGUCGGAGGUGUCUCCGAAGGGGCACUCUUCUAGUCGACAGGAGGAGAGGGUUCUGAUUAGUGAGGUUCUAGUUAGGAACAAGGAUGGUGAAGAGCUUGAGAGGAAGGACCUGGAAAUGCAGGCCCUGGCAGCGUUGAAAGCCUGCCGGGCUAACUCCGCACUCACAGUUCGCGAGGUUCAGGAGGACGUGCACAGGAUCAUUGAUAGCGGCUACUUCUACUCGUGUAUGCCCGUGGCUGUUGACACACGCGAUGGUAUCCGUUUGGUAUUUCAGGUAGAACCAAACCAGGAGUUUCACGGGCUAGUUUGUGAAGGAGCCAAUGUUCUUCCUUCAAAGUUUCUGGAGGAUUCUUUUCGUGAUGGAUAUGGAAAGGUAGUUAAUGUCAAGCGUUUGGAUGAAGCAAUAACUUCCAUCGAUGGAUGGUACAUGGAGCGUGGUCUUUUUGGCUUGGUUUCUCGGGUUGAGAUUCUUUCUGGAGGUAUUAUUAAGUUGCAAGUUUCAGAGGCGGAAGUAAAUAAUAUCUCCAUACGCUUCCUUGACAGAAAGACUGGUGAACCAACUAAUGGGAAGACCAAGCCUGAAACAAUACUUAGGCAGCUGACAACCAAAAAGGGGCAGGUUUACAGUAUGAUUCAGGGAAAAAGAGAUGUAGACACUGUGCUAACUAUGGGAAUCAUGGAAGAUGUUAGCAUCAUUCCCCAACCAUCAGGAGAUACUGGUAAGGUUGAUUUGAUAAUGAAUGUUGUUGAACGUCCAAGUGGAGGUUUUUCUGCUGGUGGUGGAAUAUCAAGUGGGAUUACAAGCGGCCCUUUAUCUGGACUGAUUGGCAGCUUUGCAUAUUCUCAUAGGAAUGUUUUUGGAAAAAACCAAAAACUUAAUAUUUCCUUGGAGAGGGGUCAAAUUGAUUCAAUAUUUCGCAUAAACUACAUAGACCCUUGGAUUGAAGGAGAUGACAAACGGACAUCUAGAACAAUAAUGGUUCAGAAUUCACAAACCCCUGGCACACUGGUGCAUGGAAACCAACGUGAAAAUGGCAGUCUAACUAUUGGCCGAGUAACAGCUGGUCUAGAAUUUAGUCAACCAGUCAGGCCAAAAUGGAGUGCAACUGCAGGACUCAUUUUUCAGCAUGCUGGGGUUCAUGAUGAGAAAGGCAAUCCAAUUAUUAAGGAUAUCUACAGCAACCCACUUACUGCAAGUGGUAAGACUCAUGAUGAUACAUUACUGCUUAAAUUUGAGACUGUAUAUACUGGUUCUGGUGACCAAGGAUCUUCAAUGUUUGUCUUUAACAUGGAACAAGGAAUUCCUGUUAUGCCCGAGUGGCUGUUUUUCAACAGGGUCAAUGCUCGUGGCAGAACAGGUGUAGAGAUAGGCCCUGCCUGUCUCCUCUUGAGUUUGUCUGGUGGUCACGUAGUGGGAAAUUUUUCUCCUCAUGAAGCAUUUGCUAUUGGUGGAACAAACAGUGUGAGAGGCUAUGAAGAAGGUGCUGUAGGCUCUGGUCGAUCUUAUGUAGUUGGCUCUGGUGAAGUUUCUUUCCCUGUGAGGGGCCCUGUGGAAGGUGUUAUAUUUGCAGAUUAUGGAAACGAUCUUGGGUCAGGUUCAACUGUGCCUGGUGAUCCUGCUGGGGCAAGGCUAAAGCCUGGGAGUGGAUAUGGAUAUGGGUUUGGCAUCAGAGUGGAUUCACCUUUAGGGCCAUUGCGUCUGGAAUAUGCAUUUAACGACCGGCAAGCAAAGAGGUUUCACUUUGGAGUUGGUUAUCGUAACUAAAGACCUUCUCUGCAUCUUUUUCGUUCUCAUAGGCCAUUUUGUUUCAUAAAUUGCAUGCACAGUUUUGUUGCUUUUUUUUUUUUAUCCUUUUGUAAAUUCCUGCCAUUUCCAGCAACUGUUUCUUUUCUUUGCUUGAUAAAUUUUUAUAUUUUAUCAUAAUUUCCUGAUAAAUUCUUUAUCACACAACUAGUUGCAAGUGCGUCCUUAAUUCAUCAGUUAAAUCUCAGAUUUCUUGUAUUGUUACUAUUCCACAUAAAAUGGCUAAUAUAGGAACAACAAAAGGAGUGAUAUCAU